AUGCGAAGGCGGUUUCUGAUAGGAUUAACACCGAUGGCAGUGCGGCAGACUGUCAGGAACCACGGUCACGGUCACGGUCACAGUCACAGCGGGGCGCGCAGUGGUCACCACCACCACCACCAUCAUCGUCAUCAUCAUCAUCACCAGCAGCUGGAUGCAUCAAUGAAAGGGCAACACUUGCGACAGUGCCAGCUCGUCACCGCUGUGGGUGGCUCCACCAAUGUUCUUUUCUGUGUAGCAAAGGUGUGGAUUGGCUCGAGUGGUGGAUCUGUGGCACUUGUGGCGGACGGCUUUCACGCCCUUGUCGAUCUUCUCGCUGAUGUCAUAUCUUACGCCGCAGUCACGCUCUCAAUGAAGCGACUGCCGAGGUGUCAUUUCCCUUUUGGUAUUGGCCGCAUCGAGACGGCCGGUGCCGUUUUGGUUGCCUUCAUCUUGCUCUUUGGUGGUGUGGUACUUCUCUUUCAGUCUCUGGAGGAGUGCCGGCGGGAGAUUGUAGACCGCCUGGGCCUCCGCGGUGAUGACGAUGAAGAACAGCACCGUCAGCAUCUGCACCAACAUGGCGAUGGUGGUAAUGGUGUGCACAACGACCACCAUGGUCACUCCCACUUUAACGUGAAGCAUUUGGAUGAAGAUGGGCGGGUGACAAUACUCUGGGCGAUGGUGUGGGUGUCGGUGGUGUCCAUUAUCGCCAAGGAGGUUCUUUUCCGCUGGACAAAGCGUGUUGGUGAGCGGGCAGGGUCGCGCGUUGUUGUGGCAAAUGCGUACCACCACCGUGCUGAUGCAUGGUCCGGUGUGGUGGCGCUCGUUGGUGUGGCAGGUCAUUGCGUUGGCAUGCCUGGCGUUGACGGGCUGGCGGGUCUCUGCGUGUCGUGGAGCAUCAUUCGCAUAGGGUACAGUUUGCUGCGCAGCAGUCUGCUGGAGUUUUUUGACUUUCAGAGCGCCAACGAAGUGUCGGACGUGCGACGGGAGCUGCAGCUCCAGAGAAAGUCUCACCCCGUCAAUGUGUUCCUUAUUCGCCAUGGGCAUUCUUACGCUCUCCAUGUUACGCUCCUUGUUGAGGCAAAUACGACAGCGGCUACAGUAACUGCCGCUGCGAGUGAACUCACCACCCUUGCCAAGCGUAGCGUUGCGGUGGCUGACACUUACACUACACUUUUCGUAUGUGACAAGGAGCAGGAGGAGUCGUUGCGUUACACACUGAAACUCGUGGAAACAUUUCACGGUCUGAACUCCAUCCUUUUUCAAUGGGAAGCGAGGCGGCUCAUUGUUCCUCAGCCGCUGCAGAGUGAGUGUAUGGAAGAUAUACUCACCAUUGCGUCUUUCUUUGGGUUGAAGGUCGUUUCGGAGGAAGGUAAGGACGCUGGUGACGCUGUUUCUGAUGAUGCUACUACAAAUACUACGAAUAGUGCUACUACUACCGCUUCUGGUGCUUCGGAAGCGGCGUGA